AAAAGUGUGGCAAACUGAUAAACGUUUUCGUCAAAAUGACGGCCCAGACAACGGUAACGUAUCAAAAGUUCGGAGAACCGGCAACGAAUGAUUCCCCGCCCCAAAGACAACCGUCGUGCGCCGUUUUGGUGGUCGUAGUGCUUUUGGCUCUGACGAUGCUGUCUUUCACGCUGUUCCUAACACUUGGGCCCAUUUUGGGACUCUACUCGGCACCAUACUUCACGGCGUUUGACAAAGACGAUCCGCCACCGCACACGGAAUACGCUCGAAUGGCCCGCUAUCUCGUCCAUAAGGCCGAAUGGGUAUCGAUGGGCACCCUCUCAACGGUGGAAGAAAUCAAAGGUUACCCGAUGGUCAACAUCAUCUCGGUCGCAGACAGUGAACGAGGGCAAAAAUCGACCGGCGUAAUGUACUUCUACCUUACCAUGCUCGACUACACGGCGCAGGAUCUGGACAAGGACAAUCGGCUGACGGUGAUGAUUUCGAUGGAUGAAGAUUUGGCUUGCACCAAGCAAGGUGUCGAUCCGAUGGAACCUACGUGCGGGCGGCUCAUGAUCUCGGGAAAAGUAGUCAAAAUUGAUCCAUCGUCGGACGAGUUUAAGUUUGGCAAAGCGGCUAUGUACAGCCGUCAUCCGGCAGCGAAAAUAUGGACCAACACGCACAAUUUCUUCCUCUGCAAGAUGGACAUCGUGCAAAUUGCCGUACUUGACUAUUACGGUGGACCGCACUACGUUACCGUGGAAGAUUACAUGGCAGCGGACCCUGAUAAGAAGACAGAUGUCGCAAACAAGAGACGCAUUCCGGCUCGUUUCACAUCCGAAGAGCUGGAUUAUUGACUAAUUCGUGUACGUACAAGUGGAACAAGUGGACCUGUUAAAACAAUUCAAAAUUCCAUUCGCGAGCUCAGGAAAGUUUUAUGAAACAGAUAAUACAAUCCGAGUAGGAAAGAAGCGCGUCGACGACGGGAUAAAACUAUUGGAACCAAAGCCAUUUAAUCUCCAGGUCCACUUGAAGCAUCUGUGUUGAAGAUAAUCUGCUGCAUUGCGGCACACUGUUGAAUUGUGAUGAGGACUGAAGUUUUUCUAAAAGUUGGAUUAAAAGAGAACGAGAAUAUAUGAUAACGCCACUUCAGUGAACGACCACUUCACUGAUAUGGUGCAAAAAUGCGCAAUGUGUGCAUAUAUGAGAUUAGGUUAGGAGCAAAUAAAUUCGGAUU